UGAAGAAUUCAUUUUUUUCACAAUUCCCAAGCUACGGCGUUCAAGGCAUAAAACAGAUCAAAUUAUCGACAUGAUCUCAUAGCCUGUAAAUUGCAAUUUUUCACUAGGAUAGUAUGUAUCAAAGUUCUCAAAAAGUUCUUUUAGUUAUGUCUUCACAUUACAUCUUAGGUAGUCUGGUAUUUUCAACUUUGUGGAAAUAAUUCUUAGGACUUUGUGCAGGAGUAAUCAAGUUCAGAUAUUUAGCUACGUGAUACGAUAAAAAAAAAAAACAACAAAGACUAGCCUAAGGGAUAUACCGGUGUUUAGUGGCGAUCGCUAUGGUUACAACGGCGUGAUUGGAAAAAUUGAAAGUUAAAUAAAUCAUCCUUUGCCCUCACUUCGCUUUCGCAUGUGUUCCUGAGUGCAACCCAGUCUGCAGUGAAAUUUUUUGGAAGGUAUCUUGAAAACGACCACGUUUGCAACGAGUGGCAACAUGGCAACAUUUUAUCUCAUCGCGAAAUUGAUGAUGCUUCAAGUAUUGGUAUUCUCGUAUGGUGAAUCUUCAAGCACCAUGAUGACAGAAAUGUCUACCACACCCACCCAAAUAACAUCCACUCCAAGUAGCAGUGUUGUAGCCUCAACACCAGAUGAAUCUUCAAGCACUAUGAUGACAGAAAUGUCUACUACACCCACCCAAAUGACAUCCAUUCCAAGUAGCAGUGUUGUAGCCUCAACACAAGAUGAAUCUUCAAGCACUAUUACAACCGUCCAUCCUAGUAGCAGUGUUGUAACCAAAAAAAACAUGUAAGGUUCGUUUAGUAGC